GUGACGAAAUCUUCAAAUCGUGCACUGCCGUUCGACCUGCAGCAACGUCUGAAAGAAACUCGACUGAACGCAUUUGUUUUUGAGGCGUCCAACGAACGUCAUCUUUUGAGUCAAUUUUUGUGUCGUAUGCAAAAUUUGAAUCCUGAUGUUGUGUUGGGUCACGAUAUGCCGACCCGUUUGUCGACACUUGUCAGUCGUUUGGAGAAACUGAAAAUAGCGCAGUGGUCUCGAAUCUGCCGAUUGAAACGCUCGAUUGCUCUGAAGCAAUUGGGACGAUCCAAAGCAGCACAAUGGGAGUUAACCGCCGGUCGACUUAUUGUGGACAGUAGGCGAGUUGAAUGA